AUUUAUUAACUAUUGAACAACCACCUGUUACAGACCCUGCAUCAAGACAAGGAGUUUUAUACCUUUCCUGGUGGUUCACUGUAGAAACAGAAGCAAAGAAAGGAAACAAUCUGAUCUUUUCUUUAUUAGAUUGACUACAUAAGAUCUCUCCAGGAACAAUAACACAGAGAAGUAAUAAAAUUAUUACUUUGGCAUCACUGGACAUUCAUCACAUUGACAAGCGUGCUUUGUGCAGCUUCUGAGUUGUGCUUUGGAAACUUCAUUGGUGCUCAUUUGUAACUUGGACUAUAAGCAUGAGUGAAUUCUGGUUAUGUUUCAACUGCUGUAUUGCCGAACAGCCUCAGCCUAAAAGGCGCCGGCGGAUUGACCGAAGUAUGAUUGGAGAGCCCACAAACUUUGUGCACACGGCUCACGUCGGGUCAGGAGACCUAUUCAGCGGAAUGAAUUCGGUCAGCUCCAUCCAGAACCAGAUGCAGUCUAAAGGAGGCUACGGGGGCGGCAUGGCUGCCAACGUGCAGAUGCAGCUUGUGGACACGAAGGCAGGAUAGCCCCGGAUCCUCCUCCGAACUGUGUGCUGGCACCCUGUUCACCCUGCUGUGAUUACUCCAGUGACAAGUUACUGUUCUGCUCUGAAGAAACUGUUGUCAGAAGAAUCCUGCUUUUCCUUCAGCUGGCGUGCAUGCCUUUGGACUCAUGGACAGAGUUCUUUGGAUUGUGGCUUAAUUAUUAAUUUUUAUCAAUAUGGAUCUGAUUUUAGCAUGAUCUUUUUUGUGAAUGCUACUAGCACUGUUUUGCAUUUUCCCCCCAUUUUUAACGUUUCUCUUUCCACCGCCACCCCCUCUGCCUUAUGAUUUCGUUGGUAAGCAGAGACGUGCUAUUACAUGUUAAUUUGUCACCGUUUAUGUAUAUUUUGGAAGGUAUAAGCACAGUGAUCACUGCUCUUCAUUUGAAACUCCAGCAGAGUAAAUAUCUGCAUGCUUUAUGAAGUUGCUUGUGUGGGAGCCCGUGGGAUGCUGGAAAGGAACGAACACUUCUUGGCUCCCAUGGGUUGUUGAUACUGCUGCUAUUAGAGAGAGGCGGGCUGUGGCACCAAGUCACAUCAGUUUCACAAAAAAGGCAACUUGUAGCUUAUUUUAGAAGUGUGAUUUUUAUUCAGUUAGAAUUACAGUAACAGAAAAGCUUGCAUUCAUAAGGCAUUCAUUCUGUUGUAAAUGUUCAAUGUAUUUAUUUGAGAGUGAGGACCUGGGAUUGUGAACAGGUGUGUGGUUGUGUAUCUGAGUGUGUGUAAUACCCUCAUCCAAUCGGACUCUGAGCAUCCUGGUCUUAGAAGUGGCUCAUUUCUUGGUGUACUCAUUUCGUUUUCACUUGUUUAUGUUUAGUAUUAUGGCAUCCAGUUGUUUCCAGUAGCAGUUUGUUGAACUUCUGGCCUGGACUCCGAACUGUGGACUCCAGAGUCAUUGGGCCUCUUCGUAAUGGAAGUUGCCAAGAGCUACAGUUGACCUGGCUGUGUUGUUGCCUAUUCGGUGACUUCAGGUGUUGGUGAGAAACCUUUGGCUCAGGUUCCAAAAUGAUUAUUUCACCAAUUGUCCUUCUGUAGAUGCUUUUCCUUUCACAUGAGGGCGUAGUGCUAAGCCAGUUAGUAGUAUGUUUCUUCAUGAAAACGGUAAAUCCUAUGUCCAUUUCAGCCCUAACGGUUAUAUCUGGUCAGACUUGUACUUCAUGCAGGACCUGGGCCUCAUGGAAAACUGACCUAGAAAGCUGUAAUUAGGUAGUUGCAUAAAGAGGGAUCAUUUUCUCUUCUUUAAUCCCUUUCUCUUCACCUUAGGAGUUCUUGUUUAAGAGGUAACUGAAUAAAUAUUAGGUUUAUAUAGGCAAAAUAUGAAAGCACCCCCCCCCCCCCCAGUUCUUUGGAAUUUACCUGUACAAGGGGGACUAGAUUACUCCGUCCUUAUUUCUGCAGUUUUGAGUCUUCAUAGUGUCAAUCCCCAGCAGAAUCUGUCAGGGACAAACGUGUAUGCUUAGUAAUCAAAGUAGGCAUUGUGCAGUUAAUAACUUUGAAACUUGAAUUCAUCUGAUGUCAUUAAUUCACUGUGUGGCUACUGCAUUCGGGGAUAUCCCCGCGUGCCACUCUGCCCAACCAGAGUCGGGGGCCUGCCAGGGACACUGCUGUGUGAAAGUCCGUGAGUUCUGUUGUUUUUGAUUUUUUUUGUCUUUUUAAGGCUGCACCCAUGGCUUAUGGAAAAGGCUUGAAUUGCAUCUGCAGCCACCAGCCCAUGCCACAGCAAUGUGGGAUCCGAGCCUCACCGGUGACCUCCACCACAGCUCAUGGCAAGGCCGGCUCCUUAACCCACUGAGUGAGGCCAGGGGUCAAACCUGUGUCCUCACUGACCCUGGUUGGGUUCGUUGCCGCUGAGCCACAACAGGCAGUCCCAUUCUGCAAGUUCUUUAAGGGACAGGUUUUUUUGGCAUUGUCAGUGCUGAUGUUGUGUAGUCUGGUUUGAUUCUAUACUUGUUAACUCCUAGAACGAUACAGGGAGCCACGGUCCCUUUUCCCCAACUCACGAUGUGAUUUUAUUUUUUUCCAAUCGCUCGCUUUUCUGAUUCUCCAAGGACCAAAUAUCCCAGUGAGCACUGGAGCCUAUCUCUGGUGAGCCAAAGGCUGCACUCUUUAGCCUCUACCUGUUCUGCAGCCACCACUGACUUAACAGGCGAAGCAGCCACACUGUAGGCAAGACCAUAUGCCAAGGAAGGUGCCAAUAAUGAUUCAAAAAAUAAGAAAAUGACCAACCAUUAAUUCUUAGUAACCCUAGAGACAGAUUUUUAGGGAGUCUUCAUCCCCACAUUGAUAGGUGGGAUUUUAAAUCUCAGGAGGCCGUUUGCUUCCCAUAACAAUGUGUGUCAUUUUGAAAACUGAAGCUAAUACAGGAUUGACUGUUAAUACUUUGCUGAAAUACAUGCUAACAACUGCUAACCAAUGACCUGCGUUCUGUGUCCUUUGCCCGAGGUGCUUUCCCUGAGUUAGGCGUGGAGUGGUGCCGCUGAGCAUAGAGCGGGAAUGGGAACCACGAUGACUGGGUUCAGCAUUUCCAGUGCAGCAGCAUCUAGCAGUGGGGCCUUGAAAGAUGUAUGAGCUUUCACUUUGGUUAUUAAAUUAUAGCAGUUUUAUUAUAGAGCGCAAGUUAGCCUUGAUUUUGUUUAAAAUGACUUCUGCUCAGCACCCAGGAGAUAAAAUUGACAUAUUUUUAUAAUAUAAGCAUACUUUUUUUGUACAUUGUGUUCAUUCUUAAAUAAAGUGAGUUCAGUGUUGGCUUGUAGAUAAUAAAGAAAGUAUUGAUUUUGAUUCAAUAAAUGUUUUUCAGUCCUGG